GUGUGCAGUCGACUGUUAUUCCCUAUUGUUGUUUUCGGGAUUAUACUUGUGUGUGGGAGCUAUACGUUGUUUAAGAGAAGGACUUCCGCGCACAUCCUUCGCUGUAUAACGGACCAGCCCCGGUCCAGCUGCUGGGCAGGGCAGCGAACACCGGCUAUGUUCAAUCACCACCUCACUAUGGAGUGCUAUACAUUCAUGAUUCCCCGUCCGAAUUGGAAUUUAUCUGGCUUUUUGACGUCAUAUCGGCAUCUAAGUCUCGGAAACAAUAGGGCAGUCAAUGUCCUAGAUACACCCAUUUUCUGUUGGACGAGUCGGCUACAUGGAUAUGUUGCGACGAGUUGUGCGACAGAGCAAGUUCCGUCACGUCUUUGGUCAGGCUGUGAGAAACGACCAGUGCUACGAUGACAUCCGUGUUUCUAGGGUCACUUGGGAUAGUUCGUUUUGUGCUGUCAAUCCCAAAUUUGUUGCCAUCAUUAUUGACGCGAGUGGAGGGGGGGCCUUUCUCGUUCUUCCUCUGACAAAGACUGGACGUAUUGACAAGGUCUACCCCACAGUAUGUGGUCACACAGGCCCAGUGUUGGACAUCGACUGGUGUCCUCAUAAUGACCUUGUUAUUGCCAGCGGCUCUGAGGACUGCACCGUUAUGGUUUGGCAGAUACCAGAGAACGGUCUGGAGAAUCCGCUCUCAGAGCCAGCUGUCGUGCUUGAGGGUCACUCUAAGAGGGUGGGCAUUGUGUCCUGGCACCCCACUGCCCGCAACGUUCUCCUCAGUGCAGGGUGCGACAACCAGAUCAUCAUCUGGAAUGUGGGCACAGGCGAGGCCAUGAUCAACCUGGAGGACAUGCAUCCUGAUGUAAUCUUCAGUGUCAGCUGGAGCCGUAAUGGCAGCCUGCUCUGCACCGCCUGCAAGGACAAGAAGGUCCGAGUCAUUGACCCACGGAAAAAGAAAAUUGUUGCUGAGAAGGACAAAGCCCAUGAGGGAGCUCGGCCAAUGAGAGCGAUCUUUUUAGCGGACGGAAACAUUUUCACCACUGGAUUCAGCCGCAUGAGCGAGCGUCAGCUGGCUCUCUGGAAAACUGACAACAUGGAUGAGCCCAUUUGUGUUCAAGAGAUGGACACCAGUAACGGAGUUCUGCUGCCUUUCUACGACCCAGACACCAGCGUGGUCUACCUGUGUGGAAAGGGCGACAGCAGCAUCCGCUACUUUGAGAUCACAGACGAGGCUCCGUACGUUCACUACCUCAGCACCUUCUCCACCAAGGAGCCGCAGAGGGGGAUGGGCUACAUGCCUAAACGAGGCCUGGACGUCAACAAAUGUGAAAUUGCAAGGUUUUACAAAUUACACGAGCGAAAGUGUGAGCCGAUCAUCAUGACAGUGCCACGCAAGUCUGACCUCUUCCAGGACGACCUGUAUCCUGACACGGCCGGCCCUGACCCGGCCCUGGAGGCCGAGGAAUGGUUUGCAGGGAAGAACGGCGGCCCCAUCCUCAUCUCCCUCAAGGACGGUUACGUCUCCACCAAGAGCCGAGACCUUAAAGUCGUCAAGAAGAACGUCCUUGAGAGCAAACCAGUCGUAAAAGCAGAGAAUGUGCCACACGUCCCAAAACACGCCCCUCCUCAGCCUGCAGUUAAAAUUGAAGACAAACUGGAGGAGGUUCUCCGUGAGUUCAAGUCCCUGCGGGACCGGGUCAUCCUGCAGGACCGCCGGAUCGCCAGACUGGAGGAGCAGGUCGCCAAAGUUGCCAUGUAACAGAAUUGAACGGGAUUUUUCAAGAUUUGGGUUUCUCACAAGGAGACCUAGACCACAUUCCAAGACAAACUCUUCCUCCGCAGCCCCCCAGUUUCUCCCCAAAACACUGAUAAACGGCAGAAACUCUUGUAUCAAAGACAGACUUUUUUUUUUUUUGUUAAAGGAAAAGUCUUAUGUUUUGUUUUGUUUUUUUAUUGUUGUCAAACACGUGGCAUUUGGUUCUCACUGCUCAAACUUGUAGCAUCAUUUCAAUUUUUACUUCUUGUGUUGCCAAAUAUGGAUGGUGGGGGGGGGGAUUUUGACUGCACCACUUUCCCUCCUGUCAAACAUUCCGACCUGCUCCAUCAGACUUCUGGAUUUCUUCUCAACAUCUCUCAGUCUUUUCGCUCUGUGACAGCCAUCGCCAUCGUCUGGUUUAUGAAUGUGAAAUGUUCCUGUUCUUUUUGGGCUUGAAAGUUGACUCUUGUUCGCGGGGGGAUCUGGGGAGGGAGGGGCAGUUC